UUUUUUUUUUCUUGUGUGUGAUUUGUAGAAAUGAACGCGAAAUCAAGCAAACUCCACAAUAUUCGGAGGAGCUUGCUAUUUUUCAAAAUUACCGCAGGUUUGGGCCAAGACGCAUCAUGUGACAUCGUUACAACACUCGUUCAGCCAACGUAGUCUUCGAUUCGCGUGCCGCAAACAUGAGUACAGCUAAAAUGGUAAAUGGUCUGCACUUAUAUAGUGCUUUUUUUUUUUUUAACCUUAGCGGUUCUAAAGCACUUCACACUGGUUCUCAUUCACAUACUCACUCACACACACACACCAAUGGUAGCAGAGCUGCGAUGCCAGGUGCUAACUUGCCAUUGGGAGCAGCUUGGGGUUCAGUGUCUUGCCCAAGGACACUUCAGUAUGUGGAGUCAUGUGGGCCGGGAAUCGAACCGCCAACACUACGAUUAGUGAACAGCCCGCUCUACCACCUGAUCCACAGUCGCCCACGUCGGGUCACUAAAAGGUCUCAUUUACCAACAAACAUCACUGUGAAGACCGUGGCAAAACAAUUUCUUGCAUUUUCGCAAUUUCAAGUAGUUUUCUGCCAAAAAAACAAAUCGCAAAUUUUGAAAACGGGCCAUAACGAAACGAAAUCCUGUACAGACUGGCUGUAUAGCCUAGCCCUAGUUUAAACGUCUUUAUCACAGUUUCACUACCCAGCCCUAACGGUAACGCACACUUCACUGCUGAAUCAGCACAGCUCACAAUAGCACACAGUAGAAAGCGCCAUUCAUUCUCUCAACCAUCCAUCAAUCUUCUUGAUCGCUAGUAUCCUUCUUUUAUUCGUUUAACAAUGUAUUUCCGCAGUCUUGGGUUAACCUAGGUCUUGGGUUUUAGUCGGAGGACGAGAUUUCUAGGCUUGACGUGUCUGAGUCUCGAGCAGAAUUGAUCAGUAAGUGAGCGCUUGAUGUUAUCUACAGAACGAGUGCACGCAGUUACAACAUCAGCACACGCUCCGAGCCCUGGUUUCACAGCCUAUCUCGUUUAGAAUCUCGCACACACUUUCUCUCUCCACAAUGAUCUCUGUUGUGCACUGUUGUGCACUUCUCCUGCAGUGUGUAGCUGGUCUUGAAGUGAAUAAUUCAGCAGCUUGACUCCAGCGUGGGAAUGCUGUUUGCUCACCAGUGGCCUCUUCCGCAGCAGACAGACUGAUAGAAACCUGCUGAAAUGUGACAGAUGCAAACCUCAUGGCUAUGAAUAACCAAAUCAAUUGAGCAUGCAUAUGAUUACGCACUGGAAUAGUGACAGAGUGAGAAUGAUGCGAGGCAUUAAUUUGCUCCGAACUCCUCAUUCAGUAAUGGAUUGUAUCUCGUUUCAAAUUCUGAAUUCCGACUAUUAUCUGCAUGUAUAGCAAUUACAUGGUGACCUCGGGAUGUCUGCUUUGUUUGAAAGGAAUUCACUGGCUCAUUAGUGAUGUCACCGGUUGCCACGGAGCUGGUCAGGGUAUUUAGGCAGAGGUGAAAGGUCAUUUGCUUCGGCACUGACCGAUGAAGCACACACGAAUGGGUGUGCGAACACGCUCCUGCCUUCCGUUAGGGGUUGUUUCGAAGCUGUGCACGCGUAUGCGAUCACGGUUGAUAUUAGCCCGGGUGUUGAUACCCGCACAGUCUCUAAGUGGCACUGGAAUGAGCGUGUGAGCUCCAGAUGCCUUUCUCUCUUCAUUUAUUUAGCGUGUUAUGUAUAGUGGACUGCCAGCUUUUCUGCAGUAUGCUUCAAGCUUCCCCACUCAAAGACCUUUACAUAUGGGCUAGUGUGUGUAGGAGGAUAAAACGUGUAUGCACAUGAGUGUAGGAGAAGAUGUAUAUAAAAUAAUCUGAUUUAAUCUAGAUGGGAAAAUAUACAUGUUUGUAUUUCUUUGAAUAUGGUCCCCAAAGUCGAUCUGGUGCUCCAAUCAAAUUCUUAGCUACUUACUAUUACAUAAUCUGACGUAGUCUCGAUGUAUUUUGUGUCAGGGGCUAGUUUAAUCUAAAAUUCCCGCCUUUAAUGUUCUCGAGGUCCAGUCUCCCAGAUUAGGAACAGAUUCGUGUGUGUAAUAUAUUUAUAUUCUGUUGUGUAGAGAGGAGAAUCCGAGCGUAUGCAAAUCCCACUGGAACGCAGCAGCACCUACACCAGCGUGGUCGUGCCCCGCGCCCCAUCUGCUACGCCUUUGACCCCUCUAAAACCUCAACCCAAUCCAUCUCUCAGUCUUUCAGCCUCUCUUUCUGGCUGUCUCCAUGUUCUAAGCCCUUUUGUGUCCGUGACUGGCCCAAACACUCCUUGAUGGUGGGGUUUGCCCUGAUUGUAAACGACUGAAAUGUAGAAGCCAUUUUCGAGUAGAUUAGCCUUUGCUAUGAGUUUGAGACCCCAUUAUCCAAAGCUAGAAGCUAAAAGCUAAUUGCUGUAGCCAUGUUUCGCUAUGAGGCAUAACUUAUUUAGCAACGCUAAGUGCUUCUAUCUUGUCCUAAUCAGCCCUAAUAAUCAGGAUUCCUAAUGGUAAUUUGUUGGAUAUAGUAUAUGAUUUUUGGUUCUAAUUUGUUCCAUUAGACCUACUUGAUGUUUUCGGGCAUAAUGAUCGAGGAAGAGGAAUACUCUGUGUGCGUGCGCGUGUGUGUGCUGUGUAAACUAUAAAAUGUGUGUUUUUAAUCAGGAAGUUUAUUCCCCAAUACCUUUUGAGUUUCUAACCCGACUGUCAUGUAGUGUAGGUACAGUACAAAAACAGUAGUCAGUCAAAAUACCAAUUUAAAUGGUCCAAGUUACAUAAAAUACCAGAUAAGCAACUAACAUGACUGAAUGGUGACAAGAUACCGUUUAAUGCUUAACCCUUAGUCAUUAGUUUAUACUUAAAAAUGAGAAUUCUUCGUGGCGCUUCACACUGACUAGCAGCAGAGACUCUGAACGAAUCAGACGAGUGUUUUUAAUCCGAUUAGAUACUUUGUCCAGUCGUCUUUAAAUAUGCUUUCGUUGUUGACUUUUUUUUUUUUAAAAAACGAGCCAUUUCGCCAGCUUGCUAACUAGAUCAUUUUUUCCAUUGCUAUUUUUCCUGCAAUAAUGUUUAUCUAUCUAGCUAAUAAAUAUUGUGUGUGUGUGUAUAUCAAUCCAUCCUUCUGGUGCGAUGAGCUGCCUUCAGCUAAACAGUUAACAUAAAUGCAUGUGAUUGGAUCAAGCGCAACGGAGGAUGUGCUACAGAAGCUGAGCUGAUUGGUGUUUAGAAUGUUGAGCUGAUGGGUGUUUUUCAUGUGUUUAUCAUCUCUGCUGCGGUAAGUUUUCCGGCACUCCGUUUAGUCCACUGGAAUACUUUGCUGGGUUCGCAUCUGGACUGUGGUGCACCGGUUGAUGACCUCUGCUCUAGUCUCUAGAACAUGGGUUUUUUUCCUUUCUUCUUUCCUCCACGCGGAACGUCCGCCGUGUUAAGUAGAAACACACGUGUACGCUCCGAACCGUGACGUGUGGAACAGACGUGGCCCAGGCGGUUGGUAUGCCCGGCACUUGAGUUUUUUUUCUUUCCCUCUCGUGGCCUCCUGAGUAGCGGCGAUGGGCUACGGGGGGAUAACUUCCAGCAGCCAGGCACCACUGCACACCGUGUGUGUGUUUUGGAGUGGGGGAGGAGAAGUUUCGUGUGGCAGAGGUUAAGUCAUCUCCCACUUUAGAUUCCUUCCCUGCUGGGUGAAUCCAAAAAAAAAAAAAAAAGUUUUAAUAACGUUAUCGACUAAUUAAAUUCUAAUUGCUGUGCUGUGCUCUGCUUUUUGUUUGGGGCGAUUUCUCUCAGACUAAAAAAAGAUCUCACCAUGUUAUAAAUGGCAUUGCAAGUCUGCAUGCAAGGCUUAGUCGGCGUACGUUCGCGCCCCGCCCGCCUUUCCGUGCUUAGAACCUGAAUAGGAGGGCUUCCUCACUUCAUCGCUGCCUUUAUGGCCCUGUGUUUUGCACUUUGACCUGUUAAACACUCCCUACCCCCCCCUCCAAUCUUCUGAAUAGGGUAAUCCACUUGUGCAGACUGUACCAAUCAGAUAAAGAGAGUACAGCGGCAAUGAUUGGGAGUGGAUUUUUAUGGAGAUGAGAUUAGAUCCAAGAGGACACAUGAUCACAGAGAGCCAGUGUUGGCCAUCACAACGCAGCAUGCUUCUCUUCUGGGGCGCAUCAGUGCUUCUUUCUGUAGGAUAAUACUCACGCUGGUACUUCAUUAACUUUUAUGUCGGCUGCUGAACGACGCUUUUUUUUUCUUCUUCUUCUUUUCUUCUUCUUUUGUAUCGUUUAAUUUGUCAUUUCAUUUUCUGUGCUUCGUUUGGUCAGAGCGCUCGCGUUUCGUCGUCGUCGUCUUCCACCCACGCGAGGUUGCGAUCGAGAUCACGUUCCGUGAAUCUGCUCUCAUCGUGCUCGGAAAAGAUAAGAUGCAGACGGCAGACACCGCUCGAACCUGAACGAGGCUUCGGGGCCUGUGGAUGUAAAGUUUGUUGCAUAUGAUGCACUAAAUGACUGCUUUGAGAAGAGGAGAGAAAAGGACACUGGAUCAAUAAGAGCACUAUUUCUGCACGUUCUUGUCGUUUGGAUAUAUACGUGUGUGUAUAUAUAAAGUACUGUGGUAGGCGAUAAGAGACUGACACCGAGCCCGAUCUUUCCCUGUGUGGAAUAGAGCUGAUAUGUGGUCUCAGCCAGGGGUACACUGUGCCCUCAUUGGGCUGUUUACCCUCUCCUUCGUCUUUUUUCCUUGUGGAAGAGCCACAGAGCCUUUCCAGUCCUUCUCCCCAUCUGAAUGGGGUUUGACCCACUUAGCCAUUCAUAAUGCCACUGGUGAGGUGUAUGUCGGUGCUGUUAACUGGAUCUACAAGCUCUCGAGCAACCUGACCAUACUGAGGCACCACGUGACUGGCCCAGUAGUGGACAAUGAGAAGUGCUACCCUCCUCCAAGUGUCCAGUCCUGCCCCCAUGAGCUGGCUCAAACCAACAACGUCAACAAGCUGCUGCUGGUGGAUUAUGGUCAGAACCGACUCAUAGCCUGUGGAAGCUCCUCGCAAGGCAUCUGCCAGUUUUUGCGCCUGGACGACCUGUUCAAACUGGGUGAACCCCACCACCGCAAAGAGCACUAUCUCUCCAGCGUGGCCGAGUCAGGGACCAUGUCGGGGGUUAUCAUCUCGGAAGGUACACUCAGCAAGCUCUUCAUCGGCACUCCCAUCGACGGCAAAUCCGAAUACUUCCCGACCCUCUCGAGCCGCAAGCUAAUGGCCAACGAGGAGAACGCGGACAUGUUCAGCUUUGUCUACCAGGAUGAGUUUGUUUCCUCGCAGCUCAAGAUCCCUUCGGACACGCUGUCCAAGUUUCCAGCGUUCGACAUCUACUACGUCUACAGCUUUAGCAGCGAGCAGUUUGUGUACUACCUUACUCUGCAGCUGGACACCCAGCUGACCUCGCCAGACGCCAGCGGGGAGCAGUUCUUCACCUCCAAAAUCGUGCGGCUUUGCGUCGACGACCCGAAGUUCUACUCCUACGUGGAGUUCCCCAUCGGUUGUACCAAGGAUGGGGUGGAAUAUCGCCUGAUCCAGGACGCCUACCUGAGCAAGCCAGGCAGACAGUUGGCCAACUCUCUGGGGGUGUCUGAGAACGAGGACAUCCUGUUCACCGUCUUUUCUCAGGGCCAGAAAAACCGGGCCAAACCCCCGAAAGAGUCGGCGCUGUGCCUCUUCACACUGCGACGCAUUAAGGAGAAGAUCAAAGAGAGGAUCCAGUCCUGCUACAGAGGAGAAGGCAAAUUGUCUCUGCCUUGGCUUCUGAACAAGGAACUCGCAUGCAUCAACUCGCCUCUACAGAUUGACGAUAAUUUCUGUGGGCAGGACUUCAACCAGCCUUUAGGCGGCACCAGCACCAUCGAGGGCGUUCCGCUAUUCAUAGAUAAGGAUGAUGGUAUGACGUCGGUGGCAGCGUAUGACUACCGUGGCAACACCGUGGUGUUCUCGGGCACACGCUCCGGCCGCCUGAAGAAGAUCCUGAUCAACUCGGUGAGCUCCUACAGACCAGCGCUUCUGUAUGAGAACGUGGUGGUGGGCGAGGGCAGCCCCAUCCUGAGAGAUCUGCUCUUCAGCCCUGACCAACACUACAUCUACACACUGACCGACAAACAGGUGAAGCGUGUUCCUGUCGAGAGCUGCGAUCAGUACACGACGUGUUCCGAGUGUCUGGGUUCCAGAGAUCCUCACUGUGGCUGGUGUGUCCUGCUCAACGUCUGCUCCCGUAAGGACCGGUGCGAGCGGGCAGAUGAACCCUGGCGUUUUGCCUCCAGAGUGGACCAGUGUGUCGACUUAACUGUUCAACCCAACAACAUCUCUGUGACCAUGUCCGAAGUCCAGUUGGUUCUCCAGGCACGGAAUGUUCCGGACCUGUCCGCAGGCGUGAACUGCUCUUUUGAAGACUACACCGAGACUGAAGCCUGGAUACAGGGAUCUCGUAUCUACUGCCUCUCCCCCAGCACUAAGGAGCUCAUCCCCAUCACACGCCACCAAGGUGAUAAACGUGUGGUGAAACUCUACCUGAAGUCAAAAGAAACAGGAAAGAAGUUUGCUAGUGUGGAUUUCGUGUUCUACAACUGCACUGUCCACAAAUCGUGCCUGUCGUGUGUGAACGGCUCCUUCCCAUGUCACUGGUGCAAAUAUCGUCACUUAUGCACACAGAACGCGAACGAGUGCUCGUUCCAGGAAGGCCGGGUCAACAUGUCUGAGGAUUGUCCUCAGAUCCUGCCCUCGACUCAGAUCUACAUCCCGGUGGGAGUGACGAAGCCCAUCACUCUGGCUGCCCGGAACCUUCCGCAGCCGCAGUCAGGGCAAAGAAACUACGAGUGUAUCUUCCACAUCCAGGGAGAGACCCAAAGUGUCACGGCCCUGCGCUUCAACAGCUCCAGCAUCCAGUGCCAAAAAACAAUCUAUAGUUACGAGGGAAAUGACAUCAGCGACCUGCCAGUGGAUCUCUCGGUGGUUUGGAACGGGAACUUCGUCAUCGACAACCCCUACAAUAUAAAAGCUCACCUGUAUAAGUGCUACGCUCUGAGGGAGAGCUGUGGCAUGUGCUUGAAGGCAGACCCACGCUUCGAAUGUGGCUGGUGCGUGCAAGACAAGAAGUGCUCGCUUAGGCAGGAGUGCGCGUCACCCGAACACACGUGGAUGCACGCGUCAACCGGCAAUAGCCGCUGCACACACCCCCGCAUCACCAAGUUGUUUCCGGAGACGGGGCCACGCCAGGGAGGCACCCAGCUCACCAUCACCGGAGAGAACCUGGGCCUGCAGUUUCGCGACAUCCAGAACGGCAUCCGCAUCGGCAAGGUGGCCUGUCAGCCUAUCGAGGAGGAGUACAUCAGUGCUGAACAGAUUGUGUGUCGUGUAGCAGAUGCUACAGGCUAUCGGGUGCAGGAGGCUCAGGUGGAGGUGUGUGUGAGAGACUGCCAGCCUGAGUACAGAGCCGUCUCCCCGAAAGCCUUCACAUUCGUGUCUCCGUACUUCACACGGGUAGUGCCGUCCCGUGGUCCGUUCUCUGGUGGGACAAAGAUCACAAUCCACGGCAGCCACCUGAACGCCGGCAGCGCAGUGUCCGUCAAGAUCGGCCUGAAUCCCUGCCGCUUUGAGAGGCGUAGCGCGAGGGAGAUUGUGUGUGUAACUCCAGCGGGUUCGGCGAUUGGCGGCACUCCGGUGAUGGUGGACAUUAACUUCGCAGAGCUGAGGAACCCCGAGGUGAAGUUCAACUACACGGACGACCCGACAAUAUUGAAGAUCGAACCCAACUGGAGCAUUACAAGCGGUGGGACUCCACUAACUGUCACUGGAACUAACCUUGCCACUGUGAGAGAGCCCAAGAUGAGAGCAAAGUCGGGAGCAAUCAAGUCUAUUAACAACUGUACGGUGGUCAAUAACACAGUGAUGGUGUGCCUGGCACCCUCAGUGGCAGGUUCAGACCCUGAGAGAAGCGUUUCGGAGGCGGGCACCAGUCCAGAUGAGAUCGGCUUUAUUAUGGAUAAUGUCCAGUCACUGCUGGUGGUCAAUGAGAGUUUCACCAACUACCCUGACCCUGUGUUUGAACCCCUGCUUCCUACCAUGCUGGAGCUCAAGCCAGGUUCACCUCUCAUUCUCAAGGGGAAGAACUUGAUCCCAGCAGCUCCUGGUAAUGCCAAGAUGAACUACACCGUGUUGAUAGGCGACGAGCCGUGUGUUUUGACCGUGUCGGAGACUCAGCUGCUGUGUGAAUGGCCUGACCUCACUGGCCAGCACAAAGUGACCGUGCGUGUUGGAGGGUUCGAGUACUCCCCUGGUACGCUGCAGAUCUAUUCGGACAGUCUGCUCACCCUGCCCGCCAUCAUCGGCAUCGGGGCCGGAGGAGGCCUGCUGCUGCUCAUCAUCAUCAUAGUCCUCAUCGCAUACAAGCGCAAGUCCCGCGACGCCGACCGCACACUCAAACGCCUGCAGCUGCAGAUGGACAACCUGGAGUCCAGAGUGGCAAUCGAGUGCAAGGAGGCGUUUGCUGAACUGCAGACCGAUAUCCACGAGCUGACUCAAGAGCUAGAUGGAGCAGGGAUUCCGUUCCUGGAUUACCGGACCUACGCUAUGAGAGUGCUCUUCCCUGGCAUCGAGGAUCAUCCUGUGUUGAAGGAGAUGGAGGUGCCGGCUAACGUGGAGAAGGCGCUGACGCUGUUCGGGCAGCUCCUGAACAAGAAGCACUUCCUGCUGACGUUUAUCCGCACACUGGAGGCCCAGCGCUCGUUCUCAAUGCGCGACAGAGGCAACGUGGCCUCGCUCAUCAUGAGUGCGCUGCAGGGGGAGAUGGAGUAUGCUACAGGAGUCCUCAAGCAGCUGCUGUCUGACCUCAUCGACAAAAACCUGGAGAGCAAGAACCACCCCAAACUGCUGCUCCGCAGGACGGAGUCUGUAGCAGAGAAAAUGCUGACAAACUGGUUCACCUUCCUCCUGUACAAGUUCCUGAAGGAGUGUGCAGGAGAGCCUCUCUUCAUGCUCUACUGUGCAAUGAAGCAGCAGAUGGAGAAAGGGCCGAUAGACGCCAUCACAGGAGAAGCGCGCUACUCUCUCAGUGAAGACAAACUGAUCAGACAGCAGAUCGACUAUAAGACCCUGACACUGCACUGCGUCAACCCAGAGAACGAGAAUGCAUCCGAGGUCACGGUCAAAUGCCUGAACUGUGACACCAUCACUCAGGUGAAGGAGAAACUGCUGGACGCAGUGUAUAAGGGCAGCCCGUACUCUCAGAGACCCAAGGCAGGAGACAUGGAUCUGGAAUGGCGUCAGGGCCGAAUGGCUAGAAUCAUUCUCCAGGACGAAGACGUCACCACCAAGAUCGAUAAUGACUGGAAACGCCUCAAUACACUUGCUCACUACCAGGUUACUGAUGGCUCAGUGAUGGCUCUGGUCCCUAAGCAGAACUCUGCUUAUAACAUCUCCAACUCCUCUACGUUUACCAAGUCCCUCAGUCGAUACGAGAGUAUGUUGAGGACAGCCAGUAGUCCUGACAGUCUGCGCUCGCGGACCCCCAUGAUCACUCCGGAUCUGGAGAGUGGAACCAAACUCUGGCAUCUGGUCAAGAACCACGACCACUCGGACCAGAGGGAGGGAGACCGCGGCAGCAAGAUGGUCUCUGAGAUCUACCUGACCCGCCUGCUCGCAACCAAGGGUACAUUACAGAAGUUUGUAGACGACCUGUUUGAGACCAUCUUCAGCACGGCCCAUAGAGGCAGCGCACUCCCUCUCGCUAUCAAAUACAUGUUCGACUUCCUGGAUGAGCAGGCUGACAAACACCAGAUAACAGACCCAGAUGUCAGGCACACGUGGAAAAGUAACUGUUUGCCAUUAAGGUUCUGGGUGAAUGUGAUAAAGAAUCCUCAGUUUGUCUUUGACAUCCAUAAGAACAGCAUCACAGACGCGUGUCUGUCUGUAGUAGCUCAGACCUUCAUGGACUCGUGUUCUACGUCAGAACACAAGCUGGGCAAAGACUCACCCUCGAACAAGUUGCUCUACGCUAAAGACAUCCCUAACUACAAGAACUGGGUUGAGAGAUAUUAUUCUGAUAUCUCUCGGAUGCCAGCGAUCAGUGAUCAGGAUAUGAGUGCGUAUUUGGCCGAGCAGUCCCGCCUUCACCUGAGCCAGUUCAACAGCAUGAGCGCCCUGCAUGAGAUCUACUCCUAUAUCACCAAGUACAAAGAUGAAAUCCUGUGUGCGUUGGAGCGGGACGAGCAGGCGCGCAGGCAGAGGUUGAGGAGUAAGCUUGAGCAGGUGAUUGACACCAUGGCUCUGAGCAGCUGAUCAGGGCUCCGAGCAUUCAUGACACACAAACUGAAGUCACACACUCCCCCCGAAACACACACUGCAAAGAACUGGCGCAGUACACUGGAGCUACUACAGAGCUGGGCACACACUAUUCGUCUGUGUGAGUGUGUGUGUGUGUGUAUAUAUAUAUAUAUAUGUGUGUGUGUGUGUCUGUGUGAGUGUGUCAACACAAGGACACAUAACAGAAAGCAUUUUGAUUGUUGUCAUUGGUGUAUAACCUUUUGAAUAUUAUUUAGUUGUGAUUUGUGUGUGCUGGACCUCUUCACACAUAGAAACACACACACACUUUUGCUCAUCAUUUUUGAAGACUCAAGAAGGAUGAAUUCUGGGAUGCCUACACUCCAGCCAUGCUAAUGGUCAGGUGUUGUCACGACACACCCGAGAGUUCGCACAGAAGACAAAGGACAUUUCAAUUUGUGUGAUUUAUUUUUUUUUGUUGUUGUUAAUUCUUAUUUUUAUGUUGUACAAAUGUAACGGACUGCCCUCUCUCUGCUCUCUUUUUGCCACUCGUGUUACUGCUGAAUUUGCACAGUUUACAGAAAAACAGUACAAAGGACAAAUCUUCAGAUUAUUAUAUAUGUAUAUAAAUACUGCUACAAUUUUCAGCCAAGUGAAAACUACCAUUGAGAUUUUUUUGCUAUCUUAUCACUGAAAAUAGAAUCGACAAAGACGAAUUAGAUAUUUAAGCAAAAGAAAAAAAAAUUACAUAGGAAGGAAAAAAAACUAAAAAAAAAAAAAAAAGAAAAAAAAAAAGAAGAAAAUGAAUAAAAUGUUGUCCUGUGC